AUGCUCAUAUCGACGCAGACAUUCACCAAUGGAUUAGCAGAACUACGUCUGAAAAGACCGUACCUAUUUACUAGAAAUCCACCAGCAAUUAUUUCUCGCUGCGAUUAUGCUGGCCCUGCCACAGUUGAUGUACGAAACGAGCUUUAUGUGACAUUGGUGCAGGGAGAAUUAUCUGGAAAGUCGUCUGAUAGGAAUAUCGAGGCUCGAUUACAUCUAGUCGAAGGGAAUGGAAGGGUAGUGCCUGAUUCGUUUGAAACAGUCAGCGCAGGAUCAAUGAAACUCUCAUCCGACUAUCGCAGCUUUGUCUAUAUACAUGAAGAUAAGCCCAUGUGGUUUGAAAAUAUCAAGAUACGCCUUCCUGAAGAUAUCAGCCGUGAUUUGCACCUGCGUGUUACAUUCCAUUCAAGGAAGCCUUAUGAUAAAGGAAAACCAGAAAAGGGACCAUUUGCACUGGCACACAUUCGCCUAAUGUGUAAAUCUGUGCUAGUUCCUGAUGGUGAUCAUGAGUUGCUGGUGUACAAGAUCGAAUCCUCGCAUUAUGACGAGAACAACACCGGCUACUUGCCAUUGCCGCAGACGAAAAGAGUUCUUCGAGAUCUCGGAAACACUACCAACAAACCACAUUCUUCCGUCUUCUCGUUAAGCGAGAAGAGCUUCGUUCUCAUCAAUACACUUACUUGCUCGACACUUCUCACUCAGAAUGAACAUAUCUUGAAUGUGCUUGGGUGGAGGGAGUCGAGGCCUAAUUUGAAUACCUCUUUGAAUGUGUUGGGUGCCCCUUUUGGAGAGUUACAAGAUGAGAUGAUUCGUUUUCUCUGUCCCUUAUUAGACGCGCUAUUCGAGUUAUGGGAAGAACGCGAACAAUUAGAGUUACCUGUGUUUGAUGUGAUAGUUGUGCUGUUGAAGUUAACA